GUCGUUGUGUGUUGUUUGUUGUUUUGUUUUGUUGGUUCGGUUAGGAUCAAUAAUAGUCAGAUUUCGAUUGUCAAAUAUUUAUAUUUACAUUGGGCCUAAUUAAAAAUGUCUUUAUAUGAUGAUUUUGAUGCAAUUAAGCAGAAGUCUGAUCAUGUUGCUGGUUGGUCAUCAGGAAUUAAAUUAUUUCAAUCUCAGUUGCAGUUGAAGAAAGCAUCUCAAACUCAGCCAAGGAGGGACCAAAUAAGAAAAUCAAACAACGUUCUUGCUCCUGUAAUUGAUUUGAAAUCAAAAAAAGAAGAUGAGGAUUCCAACUCUGGUGGGUUUGGUGCAUAUUCAAAGGAUGCAAGACUUUUCAACUUUUCUCCCCAUGGAAAUAAUUUCAACAAUCAAGACAUGGAUUGGAACUUUGAUGGUGUUGAAUACGACCCAAUGUGGCCCAACGAUUAUGAAAAAGUCGUAAAAGAUUUAAAAGAAAUCAGAGAAAGAGAGAGAGAAAGGGAAGAUGAUGAACGCCGCAAGAGAAGAGAAGACAGAACAAGACCAAGAGAAAGUCGAUUUGAGCCGAGCACUCCGGGACCGGAAGAAAGGACACCUGGCCGAAGAGGACUCGGGUCCGGUUUCCCAGGUAUGGCUGAUGAAGAAGAAGAAGAGGUCAUGGCAGAGCGGCCGUCGAGAGGCGGAGGCGUGGCGAUUGCUCCCCCUCCAUCUCUGCAAGAACCUUCCCCUACUCCUCCUCCUCUGGACGCAAUUCGCACACCUACGUCCUGCGGGGCAUCCGUGGCUGCCAAGAUUAUGGCCAAGUAUGGUUUCAAGGAAGGUCAGGGGCUUGGUAAGAAGGAGCAGGGCAUCUCGAUGGCUCUGCAAGUAGAGAAGACGUCGAAGCGAGGCGGACGUAUCAUCCAUGAGAAGGAGAUGAUGCCUCCCCCACCUCCCACACCCGUCGCACCUGUAGAGCCAAAGGAGGAACCUUCUAUCACGGAGAUUAUGAGGAGUCCCUCCAAGGUGGUGCUACUUAGGAACAUGGUUGGCCCAGGGGAAGUAGACCAAGAUCUGGAGCCUGAAGUGAAAGACGAGUGCAACACCAAGUACGGAGAUGUCAUCAAGGUCAUCAUCUACGAACUGCCGAAUGUAGUUCCCGAAGAGGCUGUGCGGAUAUUUGUAGAAUUCAAGAGGAUAGAGUCGGCCAUCAAAGCUGUUGUAGAUUUAAACGGUCGUUUUUUUGGAGGCCGUCAGGUAAGGGCUGGAUUUUACUCUCUAGAGAAAUUCAACAAUUUGGAGCUUUUAGAGUAGGUAGUCAUUCUUUAUAAUUUGUAAUUUUUUAAGUCUCUAAUUGUAAAUAACUUUAAUAAAACUGUAUGGAAAAAAUAA